UCGAGUAUCUCGAUCUUUCUUAAAUUCGGCGACCUUCUCUCUCUCUAAUCUCUCUUUCUAAACUUCGAGUCGGUGAUUUCACGCUGUGGCUUGCGAUUCUUCUGCAAUUGGGCGAAAUUUCCCGUAUCGAAGCAUCUGAAAGGCGUUAGGGUUUCUCAAUCCACUACACAACUCCCUGUCCUGAAGCAGAAGAAGGGGUCUAGCACUUGCAAGAUGCAGGGUAACAGAGGUGGUAGAAAUCCUUUUUUUGAAUUUGGUGACCCUUUUGCUGAUUUUGGAAGCUUCGGUGGUCAGAGAAGUUUAGUUUCUAGCUUCUUUGGAGGAAGAGACCCAUUUGAUGACCCUUUCUUUACACAACCAUUUGGGGGGGGCCUGUUUGACUCGAGCAUAUUUCGUCCAACUGCAAGUCCUUUCAUGAGUAUGCCUCCUUUCAUGAACAUGCAUCCAUCUGCUUUGAUGGAGCAUCAUCCUCCAGAACCGAGAAUGUCAAGAGGACCCAUUAUUGAAGAAGUGAACUCUGAUGAUGACAAGGAAGAAGCGGACAAUGAGAAGAAGGAGAACCCAAGAAAGCAUGGGAGGUCAAGUGAGAUGCCUCGUGUUGAGGGUCCUGAUGAUGAAGUGGCAGAGAGGACAAGCAAGCAGCUGCAUUAUUGGAAUGGCUCCAGAGAGAGGCCAUCUGAGAGACAGAUGCAGCCACAGAAUCACAGUUUCGCCUUUCAGAGCUCUACUGUCACUUAUGGUGGUGCAAAUGGUGCAUAUCAUACAUCAUCCAUGACUAGAAGGACGGGCAGUGAUGGGGUAACAUUUGAGGAUAGGAAAGAAGCUGAUAGUGCAACUAGGCAAGCCACUCAUAGAGUUUCCAGGGGACUCCAUAAUAAGGGCCAUUCACUUACCAGGAAGCUUACUCCUGAUGGUAAGGUGAAUACCAUGCAGACUCUGCACAACCUAAAUGAAGUUGAGCUGCCUCAAUUUGAACAAGCCUGGAAGGGAAGUGCUAGACAGCAUUUGCCUGGUUGGAGUGAGCAUUUCGAUGGUCAUGUUGGACGAGGAGGAGUUGGUCAGAUUGGACCCUCAAGUCAUGGAGGAUGGGCGCUUCCGUCCACUCAGCAAUCGUUGCCCACGCAGAGGGUGACAUCUGAUAGGAGGGAACGAGCAGAGUCUUCUCAGAGGCAAAAUGCUGGAAGAAUGAAAGCAAAUGCCAGCGAAAAGGCCGGCCUCUCCCAUGGAAAACCGAGAGGAUAAGGAGAUUGAAUCGUUUUCGUUUGUUGUGGCCCUCCUUUACCCUUGCCACGUAGAUUCGCAUAUUUUGGACUUGCCGAAUAGAAAUUCGCAUAAGGCAGAGAUCAUUUACCUUUUUCUCAUAAUGCUUAAUGGUAAUACGUGUAUGAUUCGAUAGGCGUGGUUGUAAUGCC